CCAUCUCUGUCUCUCUCACACUCUCUCUCCCCCCUCUGAUUAUUCCGUUUCUCAUCAUUUCUCUCUCUCUCUCAAGUCGCAGUUCCCUAUAUAAUCCUCUCCUCUCUUUCUUAAGACCCUCCUUGUCCUACGUUUCUAUCUCCAUCUACGUAUGCGUAGAGAAUUCUGUGUCUAUAGCAUACUCCUGUAAGUUUUGGAACUUCUUCGUUCGUUUUGUUCUUCUAGUUAGAGAUACCGGCGAUGUCAAUCGUGGUGGAGAGGGCAAUAGUAAUACGACUGGUACUACGACUGCGACUGCGGCCUCUACCGCGGCUGCUGCCAAUCAUAUUAAUGGUAAUAGUUACGGGCUUGAUCAUCAUCUGAUCGGACGGUCUGGACUUGGUGGACAGAGAGUGACGUGUUUCUCGAUGUAUGCUAAUGGAAAUAAGCCGCCGGCACCGGAGUUAGGGGCAGCCGGCGCCGGAGUUGGAGCGGGGAGGAAGGAGGUGGAGGAAGAGGAUGAGGGUCGGAGUGGGGAGUCAUCGUCGUCGACUUCUUCGAUUGGGAGGAAUAGUGAUGAGGAGUCAUCGGCUGGACGGUCGUCGGAAGCCGGCGACGGUGAGGAGGUGCAGAGUGAGUAUAAAGGCGGAGCUUUGGAUAGUCUCGAGGCGUUAGAGGAGGUCUUGCCUAUCAAGAGGAGCAUAUCACAAUUUUAUUGUGGUAAAUCCAAGUCUUUUACCAGCCUAUCAGAUGCUGCAAAUUGUUCGUCCAUGAAAGAUAUUGUAAAGCCAGAAAAUUCUUACACCAGGAAACGCAAAAACUUGCUUGCCUGUAAUAAUUUCUGGGAUAAGAAUCGCAAUGGCAUUAGAAGAAAUAACAGCGGUGGGAUAUCAAAGAGAGCAGCAGGCUCUAGAAGUUCAUUGGCUCUUGCAGCAUCCAUGGGCUGUACCGAGAGCAACAAUAACAGCGAUAGUUCCAACUCAAAUUCACCAUCUCGUGGCAUUUGUCUUCCUCCUUUGCCACCACAAGCAAGAAGAUCACUGUACAAUGACUCAUUGUCACCUCCGGGACAGAAGUUUUCUCCUUGGAGGUCCUUCUCUUUAUCUGAUCUGCAAGGGAGGGAACUUGGGGGCUGCUAAAGGGGAGGAUUUCAGGUGUAUUUGGUUUUCUGCAUUUUGGUCCACCAUUCACGGUUGAGCUGCACAUGUUUUGAUAUCUGUCUCAAACUCCGUUCUAGUAAAACCAGUCAAAA